CUCUGUAUUUUGAAACCGUCGCGGUGAGAAGACACCUAGCAACUGUAGCCGGGGAGAGAGGAGGAGGUGGGCAUCAAACUCACUUAUGACACAUUUUCACACAUUAGUAUGUUACAGUUGACGGUGUUACAUGCUUACAAUUCUGGGCACUUGAAUCCUUUAAUAGCCGGGUCCUUCACUGCCUUGUUUUCAUCUGUUAUUGCUGACCGGCGGCUUGAUGCUGUGCUAAGUGGCUAAUAUCUGUUAGCAUGUUUGUCAUUUUUCGGCUCCCCGGGCAAGGAUUCGAGGCGACCACCUUUAGUUUCUGUUUGCGGAUAAUGACAUGAAUUUAUAGUUCAUAAAAGUCUUAACUUGUCAUUUUUAAAGUAUCUGAAGGUUCAUAAUGUCUUCUAAUGGCUUGCCUUAAACAUGCCUGACAAGGGUGGCCUGUAUAAUCGGGACGGAAGCAGCGUGAAUACUAAUUUUCAGGGCACUCAGACCACCAGUGAAUUUACUCCACGUUAUGUUAAAUCUAAAUAAAUGUCGCUGUUUGUUAGAAAAAUUGGCACGAGUUUGCUAGGUUAUCGUUUCCUUGGAUUAGUCACGUCUUCUACAGAGCAGCAUGAUGCUGCGUUCAAGACUCCAGGAAAGUCCGUAAAUAUGAGACACACUGAGAUACACGUUUUCUCCGCCCUAUGUUCACUUCACUUCGAGUUUGAUCAGUCAGUUUUCCUGUUGGCGUUUUUUUUAUAACUUCAUAAAAAAAUUUAAAAAUCAGCCGAUCAAUCGCUAAUCGGACCCCCCCGCCCCAAAAAUCCAUAUCGGUCGGGCCCUAGUCUGUAUAUUAUAUUGCCGUAGUCCAGGACAGACAAGAACAUGGCCUCCACGAUUUUUUAUUUUUAUCUUUAAGUGAGAAAAGGAUUAAAGUUAUAAAAGGACCUUAAAAAGACAUAAAGGGACAGAGAUCACACAAAUCCCAUGCUGAGCUAAAAGCCAAGAAAUAAAAAUGAGUUAAAAGACGUGAUUUAAAAUAUAAAAAGAGUCGGUGAUGUUUUGAUAAACAAAUAUGCUAAUGAUUCACAUCAUAAAUUGUGAUUUGGAUCAGAAAAGUGCAUGCUGGAAGUUGUAUAAGCUGUUGUAAAAGAUAUAGAGAAGUUGUAUGUAUUGUUUCAGGAAGUCGUCAGUGAAAAUUACGGACAACAUUACAGAAAAUUAAUUAAUUAGAAAAUAAUAAAUCAGUUAAAAAUGCAGUGUGGGGUCACUUUACACUGACCUUCUCCUGCACAGUAUCAAAUACUGGUGGAAGGUAUCAUAAAAUUAUUUAUUGAGUGCUGCCAAUGUGCAGCAAAGGAUGUGAAAAUUUAGUCUAUUUAGCGGAUGCAUACAAUUUUACUAUUUGUGUUGUAUAUAGUGUAAAUACUUGUAUAUUAUCUCUAUAUUUUUACUUAUAUUAUCUAAUAUUUAUCUCCUCUUUUACUGUAUUUGCACAGGAGUACUGUGACAAAAGCAGUUUCCCUCAGGGGAUUAUGAAAGUAUUUCUGAUUCUGAUGUCUCAAGGACUGGGCUUUUAAGCUUUCCCACACACCUUGAACGCAACGUGAGCCCUCCCUUGAAACUGCGCCUGCGCACAACAUGUUGUAAACAAUGAGACUCUUCCAGACCGUCUCCAGCUUUGUGUCUAUCCAACAGUAUAUCAGUGCAAAACUUACAACGUUCCCUCAUUCCUUUGCGUGAAUUAAACAAACAUGUUCUUCGGUAAGUACAGGGAAACGUUUGUGACAAGAUGUCAUCACGUACUCUUACAUUUUGUCGGCAUCAUCACCACGAAGACGUAUCAAAUUUGUUACAGCCUCGAAUGACAUACUUGGGCGUGACAGCAUGCGAUUGAACCGACUAACUUACUCUUUCUUAUCUAGUUUUCUUUAAAUCUGUAAUCCGUAAUAUCCCGGCCCAAAAUGCGCGCCUUAACCUCUCAGUAUAGAUCUUUUUCCUGAGCGGUGUCCUGCAUGCUAGCUUUGUCGACUGGCUAGUGUUAGCAUGCUAGCUAGCUUCUGUUAGUGUCAGAUAAAUGUGGUUGAUCCGCUCUUUUGUCCAGUAGUAUUUUAAAUAGACAGUAGCAGCACCUGUAUUAAUGCACCUGCUUUUAUUAGACCUAUCCUUGUGAGUUGAUAAGCUGCUGUUUUAUCACAUGAGCUGUGGAGUACACCUGUGCAGCCUCUCUGGUGUUAAACAACUAAGAAUUAGAGUUAAUGUUAGCCUGUAUGCUUAUUUCAGACUCAUAGUGGCCUUGAAUAUACAUGUUGUACAUACUUUUAGUGUACAUCUUGAAUCAUAAGUAAUAGGGGUGGGAAACUCAUGUUGCCAAACAAUACAACCCUCUAUUGAAUGUCCAUAAUCAUAAUUAUACCAAGAUAUAGGGCUGGGCGAUACGGGAAAAAGUUUAUUACAAUAUAUUUUUAUAUCGAUAUAUAUCAUGACAUAAAAAUAAAAUUUUAUAGUGCUUAUUGGAUGCUUGUCUUUUGCAAUACAAUAAGCUACUGCAUCUGUGAGGUCUUUGUGUCUCUUCUACAUUUUGUCGUAAGGUGUUGCACUUGGGAAAGCAGUCUGAAUGGUCGGCUGCACAUGCGCCAUGGGCUCCUUGCUCCGCUCCUUGCAUUGCGCAUGCUCUGCCGUGUGGCACUGCUUUAGGUGGUGAAAAAGAUCUGAGGUAUUCCCCGAUCUUGCGAGAAAAUGUACUUGACAUAAUUUGCAGUGCACAUUACUCUGCUUUAUGUCCGACCUCAAAAAAACAAAAUACCUCCACACCACCGACAUUUUCGUGCCAGUGUUGUAGACGAUGUCUGCUUCAUGUGUUAAAGUUCUAUGGUUGCGUGUAGCUGCUCUCUGCUACUAUGCAGUUGUUUGCCACUUAGCUCUAAUUCAGCACAUGAUUGGUUAAGCGCAAAGCGGACCCAGAGCAACUUCCCAUUUCACUGGUCAUUUGUAUAGUCUACAAAAACAUGGCAGAAUGCUGACUAUCGAAAAGGAUAUUGACCAUGUUUUAUAUUGAUAUCGAGAGAAAUUAGUUUUUGAUAUAUAUCGUCAUUUUAUCGCCUAGCCCUUACACCAGGAUACUUCAGUAAUUGAUCAAUUUAAAGACAGCCAUAUAAUGGUACAUCUGAACAUUUGAUUGACUGAAGGACAACAAUAUAUCCCUGCUUAUUUUGACUGUGGGAAAAACUCCUUUAACUCAUAUUGUUUCUAGGUUUAUGUGUCAUGAAUUGCUUUAUAAGUGAUGACCUGGCUAGACCAUUCCGUUUAAAACACCAGCUCAAAUGAUAUUUUGUGACCUAGUGCGAUAAUUAAUCUGAGACUUUCUUGGGUUUUUUCUAAGCGUGAUUUAGAGAAUGAUAGUAGUGGGGAUGUGUGACAGUGAAAAGACAUGGUCAGAACUAAAAGUCCUGAUUUUUUCACGUCUUCUUGUCUUCAUGGCAUAUUGUACUUAGCAAACAUUAAGGACAUGUAACUUUUAAACUGUGAUUGACUUUUAUUUCAGAGAAAAAAAAAUCCGUUGUUAAUAUGGAAAGAAAGAAAAUGUAUGCAAAGCACCACAUUUCUUGAUGUGUUUGUUGUUGUUAUUCUGUGGUAUGUUGCAGGGAGCUGAAGCAUGGAGGCAGUUCUGAGCAGGCUGCGGGGGCUAAGUCCUGACGAACUACGUGAGGAGUUUGCCCGAGCAGACCUCAAAUGCGGCCCCAUCACAGCUACCACCAGAGCCACCUUUGAGAGAAAGUUAGCCCGAGUCCUGGCCGGGCCAGAGAGCGGUGCUGCCGAAUCAGACAACAGCUCUUCAGCAGACGUCUCAGGCAAGGCAGCCUGUGCUGCUGAACAUGCCAAAACUACAUCAUGUGCCACAGCAGUCGCAUCCACCUCUGCUGCAACGAGCGGCAAGCCCUCUGAGACUGCCGCUGAAGAGUUAGACUUUGGCUAUGGUGUGGGUCUCAAUCCUCCAGAGGAGGAAGAAAUCUCUGUGAAAGCCCCAAACUGCUCUGCUGAAAGCAGUAAUCCUCAGUCCAAAACAGAAACGCCUUCAAAACCGGCACAAGUGUCCCCAACUUUUUAUUAUGGCGUUUGUCCGCUGUGGGAGGAUGUUCUGGCUAGAAACGGUAAGACAGACUUCUAUUUUACUUUGAGUUUGGUCCAGCACAUCAUGCUGUCCAGAUUUUAAAGAGUCACAUCUCUGUCCAAGAAAACCUGCUGAGUAAUUGACUCCAGGUGCUACUUGAAAGAGUUUAUGAGAGCAUGAAGAAAAAAAAAACCUGUACUUAUGAUUAAAUCUUAUAUGCAUUAUUCCAGAGUUAAAUUCACAAUAUAUUGAUAAUCUGUACAGAUUAAGAAGCAACAGUGCUGCUAUUAAAUUCUUAACAUCCUUGACUUAGUGAGGUAUGUGAGCAAAUGAUGGUUUUUUUUUUGCAUCCAUAAAUAUUUUGAACCUGUAUAUUUGUGAAAAUGUAAUAAUUAAUGUGUUGAUUUUUUUUUGUUUUGUUUCAUUUUGCUUAACAUAGAAAUAAUGUAAAAGUAGACAUUGCUUUAUAAAGAUUUUUUAAUUUUAUUUAUUUAUUUUUUUUAAAUGUUGCAAGUUGUACUACCAAGUGCAUUUUGGGUGUCCUGGUUACAUAUGGAUGUAGACAGUGCACUGUAAUCCAUGGCGGGUUUUGUCACUUUUUUCUUACCUCUAGUUUUACUUCAACCACUUUAUUCUGUGCUGUUAGUUUCUUCAGUUGUAGGAUCUAAAUGAUAACCAUAUACACAAUCAAUAAAAUCCAUCCAUCCAUAUGUGUUGAAGUGGAUGAAAAUAUUUAAUGUUAUUUCUUUAGCAGUAAGAAGCAGGACACUCUCUGAUAUGGAGUAUUGAUCUGAAUGAAUCCUGUUCUAACUCAAAAAUCAAUGCUGGUAAAAUCAGACGAACAGGAAAGGCUUUUAUGAUCGCUGCAUCAGCAUUCGUCCUGUUGUAUGUUGUAGCUAGUAUAUUGUAACUGAAGAGACUUACUGGACAAAACUCAUGUUAGACAGUCGCAGCGCAAAUUAACCAAGAUAUUUUUUUGACUGCAGAAAGAGCACAUGUCUACGCCGACAAGAAAGAGGCGCUUCAAGCGGUGAAGCUGAUGAAAGGAGCCCGCUUCAAAGCCUUUCCCAACCGUGAGGAUGCUGAGAAGUUUGCUAAGGGGAUCUGUGACUAUUUCCCUUCUCCCAGCAAAUCUGUACCCUGCGUGUCACCGGUCAAACCCGGCCUGGUCAUCAGUAAAGGUCAGUGGACAGAAGAAAUGGUCGUCAACCUUUAUCAGUUUGUCACUGUCCAAUAUCGAUGCUUAAAACUUGUGUAUAUAUGUUGCGUAGCGCAAGUAGAGAAAGGAAUAGAUCCACAGGUAACUCCGGGCUUGAAUCGUUUUUUUUUUUUAACAUGAGUGCCUGUCCCCUCCUCAACAGACAACAUGGAGGUUGAUACCAUCAACCGGGAGAGAGCCAACAGUUUUAAGAGCCCACGCACCCAGGACCUGACGGCCAAACUGAGGAAAGCUGUGGAGAAGGGAGACGAGGAGACCUUCAAGGAGCUGGUGUGGAGCAACCCGCGAUAUCUCAUCGGCUCAGGGGAUAAUCCCACCAUAGUGCAGGUGAGGACAGACUGUAACCGUUGUGACUCAGUUUCCCAAACACAGGAUAAAUAAACCUGUAGUCAUGUUUGAGCCUGUUGUAGUUUUAAUGUUGUUGUUGCUCAAACUCUGCGGAAACUUUUGCUAUUAUUAGCCCUGCAUUACUGUACUUGGAACGUUUUCAUUUGUUGAUACAUAAACGUCUUUUCUACAUCCACGGCAAAGCCCUGUUGAACUUAAGAGCUGCUUCAACGCCGAGUGAAAGAGUGGAAAUCUGCCCCCCCAAAAAAGACUUUUCAAAUUAUUUGUCUCAGGAAGUUGGCAUUUUAAAAAAUACAGAUUUGCUACUUCUGUAAUACUUUCUAUCGCAUCUUGAGCCCUUUUUUUAAUUUAUGAAGAUGUUAAAAAAGUUUUAGCGUAAGCAGGUAAAGUUGAGUGCUUCUGGUUGAAAUAAUCAGCCUUUCAUUUUAAUUUUUUGUGCUCUUUAAUGUCAUUUUCUCCCUGAUUAGGAGGGCUGCAGGUACAACGUCAUGCAUGUGGCUGCUAAGGAGAACCAGGCGGGGAUCGCCCAGCUGCUGCUGGACACCUUAGAAAACCCCGACUUCAUGCGCCUCAUGUACCCGGAUGACCAGGAACUUAUGCUGCAGAAACGUAUCCACUACAUUGUAGAUCUUUACCUCAACACCCCGGAUAAGGCUGUAAGUUCUUCUCCAUUACCUGCUGAAGAAGAUUUGAUUAUGACAGACUCCAUUUUAAUCGUAUCUGCCUGUGUCUUUAUGCUCCAGGGCUAUGAAACACCACUCCACUUUGCCUGUAAGUUCGGAUGCCCAGAAGUGGUUAAUGUCCUGUGCUCGCAUCCUGACAUCGACAAGAACUGUAUGAACAAGGAGGACGAGAAGCCUUGUGAUGUAAGGGAGUUUUAUUUUAAACCUCUUCAUUUAUUUUUAUCCACAGUUACAUGGAAUAAGAGGCUUUGCUGUAAACUGGGUUGUCUUCUUUGGGGGGGAUAUUAUACAGAAAGCUGCUGUUUAUACGCACACACAUACAGUAUAUAUGACCCCUUAUAGCAAUGCUGACAUCUUGCCAGUCAUUGCCGAGAGGUGCAGUUCUGCUUAUUCAGGUUUUGAAGCCGUGACCUUUACGCUUGCUUUUUUAAAUCGUUGGCAACAAUCACUCAUUGCAUAUUGAAGGCUAAACAUAGAUGAGCAUGAGCAAAUUCUUUCCCCCUGCUAUUCCAGCAACAGUUUUAUGUUGGCUACCAUACAGAGAGCCCCAAUUGUUUCUGUAUUUUUCUUUCUACAGGUUAUUUGUCGCAGAAAAAACAAAACGCAGGAAGUGAGGCAGAGGAUUUGUGACUUUCUGGAGGGUAAGAAGACAGAAUUGUUGGAAACAUUCUCAGAUUUUCUUUCUUUCUUUCUGACGUGUUCCCCGAGUGACGCACAUGAUCUGCAUUUGGCUCUUUCAGAAAUAGGGAAGCUGUUUGUUACAUCAUGUAUUUUAAGUCGGGCUUCGCAACCGUAUUUGUUUUAAAGUUUGAUUGACAGCACCACAUGCAGCAGACACAUACGCACCCUGUAAGCUUUUGUUGUGGUGUAAACGCCCAGCUUUAGGUUUGAUACCCACUUGUAACACCUAAGUGAAAAUAUGUGCACCUGCUGUCUCCUAAAGCUCUGAACAAAAGUCACAUCCAUUCUUCGUGUUUUCUUGUCUUCAAACUGCCUGUUGCGUCACAGACCGCUGCUACAUCCCUUUGCUGAGAGCAACCGACAACACCUCUCAGCCCAUCAUCGGUGAUCUGUGGUCACCUGAGUCCUCAGAGAGCCGCUCACAGAUUCAGUGGCUUUCCAGAAGCCCCAAAGACCCACUGAUGACCGUUACGGCCUUUGCCGGCCCACUCAGCCCUUCGAAAGCAAGUUCCUCACCCGACCACCUCUCUCUGUUUAUCUAUAAUUCAUCGAAGCAUCAUUGCAUCACAUCAAACUUUCAGUGACAAAAGUAUGUCGCCUACAAUUGCAGGCAGAUGAUUUUCGUCGUUCCUGGAAGACGCCUCCCAGAGACCGGGCGGAUCGUUUCCAUCACAUCCUCAAGUCUGAUCCUGACCGUGGGGCAGAGAGAGUGGGCAGGUACAUCCAAAACUUCCCUCUGCUUAUGUAUCACUAAGUUUCAGAACAGAACACUCUGGUGAAAGCUAAUAUCACUGGACUCAACCUUGAGUCAUGGAAGCAACAUACCCCAGGAGGAGUGCUUGCACCAGCGUGAAGAACAUGUAUUAAAGGGGUCACAGACAUGCUGCGCCAUGUCCCACGUACCCUGGACUCAGAUCUUGGAAGAUCUUCUUUCUGAUGUGAUAUUGUGUUUUUCAUUUUACAGGGUUCCUACACAGUUGGAAUUUCCAUACCCCACUUUUAAGAAAUAUUUUUGGAAAUGCCUACUUUUCUAUUUUAGAAAACAGAAUUUUAGAACAGUGGUAAAAGUCUGAAAUCAUAAAUAUUUUUCCAUACUUUACUCUGCAUUUUCCAUAAUUUUUAAGACCUUAAAAUUGAUCAAAUUUAUUCCAUACUUUUCCAUAUUUUCCAUAACCCCAAUGUUAGAUUAAGGCCUUCAGAGAAUAAGGUAGACAGAACAUCAGAACACUAAUAUAUCUUUCAAUCAAGAUUUGAGAAAACUGAAAUGGAAUAUUCAAAAUCUCUUUAUUUGAGUGGUCAACACUUUUUAAAAAUGUGGCACUUUGCCUUUUUCCAGCUGAUAAUUUUCAGGUAUUAAUCAUUCGACUUUAAAACUGCUAACAAUCAUGUGUGUUUCAGCAGUGACAGUUCAUCUGUGCUCCAGAAGUCACCAGUUUUAUAACCAGUAACUACAAAUACAGCUGGAGGGAAUGUUGAAUUAUAUAUACCGUAGUUUUCGCACUAUAAGGCGCACCUGAUUAUAAGGGGCACCAUCAAUGAACGCGUCUAUUUUCAUACAUAAAGCGCACCGGAUUAUAAAGCCUACCGGAUUAUAAGCGCAUUAAGCCAAACAAAACACUCAGAUAAGUCAAACUUUAUUUAACUCAUUCAAUAACUCUGCAAGGCUACGGUAGCUGCAGUGCUCUGACAAGCCAAAAGGAUUUUAAGUGCGCCUUAUACUGCGCAAAAUACAGUAGCUUAAAUAAUUUGUCUGUAAUCUGCAGAGACCUGGCUCAUGGGAUGGGCCACCCAUGGGCUGAGUACUGGGACUUCCUGGACAGUUUUGUCGAUCUGUCAUCAGCCGAGGGGCUUCGCAAACUGGAAGAGCACCUGAGCAAAAGAGAUUUCAGCCCACGGGCUCAAGAAGAGACGGGGGAGAAUGAGACCAGCAACAGGUUUAGAACUCCCUCUCCAGGUACCUUCAACAAGUUUUUUAAAAAGUGUAGUUGGAGUUAAAUGUCUUGGAGCAAAAUAUCGAGCAGUUUCACAUUGAGGUUGAGGUCUCUCCUCUCUGGUUGCAGGUAAGCCUAAAAAGUUCUGCAACUCCAUCUCUGUGGGCGCUUUCUUGGACGAGGGGGAUGACAUCAGCCUCGAAGAGAUGAAGAACAGGCAGAAUGCAGCUCUCACCAGCAUCACCUCCUCUGCUGCAUCCAAGGACGGCCUGAAGGGAGCAGUGGGCGGCCAUGAGUUUCACAUCCUGCCCAUCGCGCUACACCAUCGAGGGGCCCACCUGAUCGAGACGGCGGCUGAGCAGGACCCGCUGUGCUGCUGCGACGACGGCCUCUUGUCAGCCGGCAUCGUCUGCAAAAACGGGGUGUGCUCCUCCUCCAGAGACGGGACUCACAAUGGAGACAAGGUGACCCCUCGUACCUCCCCCUCCUCCAUGCUGUCGCCCAUCUCCAACCUCAUGAUGGAGUUUGAGCGCAUGUCGCUGCAAGAGCCGCUGGACAGCCACACCACCUGCAGGGAGAGGAGGAGCAGCGGUGGGAACCGGCACCGGGAUGUACGGGACCCCUUUAGCUCCUCCUCCGUCACAGACCUGGGCUCUGGGCUGAACCGCCUGUCUCUCGGCCACAGCAGUCACGACGGCGAGAGCAUGGAACUGCCCGGCUGGAGAACAGAGGAAGGAGAGACAGAAGGAAGGCGCAGCAGCGGCAGCUCAGAGGAGUACUUUGAAGCAGAGGAGAAUCUGGAGAUGCUGGGCAGGACUAGGGGGUCAGUAUCAGGGGGGCGCAACUUCUGCGCCAGGUCCAAGUCAUGGGACCAUGGAGGGAGGGACCUGAGCAGCUCAGGAUCCUCAGGGUCAUCUUAUAAGUCCUUGGAGAACUCCAAUGAGUUCCUCCCAAGGACCCCACCGCACAUUAGAAGAGGACUUUUUAUCGACGGGUGAGUCACACUGCGUUCUGAGUUCAUGAGGGCGGAUUUAUGAUGAGGUCAGACAUGUUUUAAUAACUCGAUCUGGGAGGCAUAAGGUUUGAGGACGUGGGUCAGACACAUGUAAUUUUAUCCUAUUAAAUAAGUAAUCAAGGCCACAUCUGAGACCUCUAAGGAUUUCAUAUAGUCUGAUGAAUUAGGGUGAAAAUCUUUAAUCGGCACAUUUGUAUCUGCAUCCUGAAGUCUAAAGUGUAACUUGUUUACUUUUCUAUUUCAUAAAGUAAAAAUCCAUCAAAAACACAUCAGCUGAUGAGGUAAACGUGCUCAUAAAAUCAUACUGGAAUCAGCAUAACCAAAGUAUUGACCUUGUAUUAGUUCCUCGUGGCAAUAUUUCACUGAGUCAAAUAAUUUUUUGUCUACCUUUACUUGAAAAAAUGUUUAUUCAGGUACAGGAGUUUUGUCUUAAUUGUCAAUAUUGUUCAAAUAUCAUGUCCUGUUGUCUCAUAAACACCACCUGCCACUAAAAAAAACAUUAGUCCACGACUACUCACGAUCUCUCAACAAAAAGUCUCAUGUUGUUUUUUUUCUCUGCCACUCUGCACGGUUAAAACUCAUGAGCAUAAACAAACCAAAUGCAAAACUUAAGAACUAUUUAUUCUUUCUUGUAGAUUAUUUCAAACACAUACUCCUAAAGGCUGCGGGAAUAAUGCCGUGCACGUUGUUUUGUGUUCACAGGGAUUCACCAACCAAGUUGGACAGGGAGGUCUUGUCAGCGAUAGACAGCGUCGACAUCGACACCCAGAAGUAUCCCAGCAUUCACAAGUGGAAGAGCACAAUAAAGUCAUUCUCUGCAUCAGACAUGCAGAGGUAAGUGUCUUCAGCUGACUUCUUAUUUUUCAAACACAAAGUUCUGUAAGGGCGGCACAGCGGUGUAGUGGUUAGCACUGUCGCCUCACAGCAAUAAGGUCCAGGGUUCAAAUCCAGGUCAGGGCGUUUCUGUGUGGAGUUUGCAUGUUCUCCCUGUGUCUGUGUGGGUUUACUCCGGGUACUCCGGUUUCCUCCCACAUCCAGAAAACAUGCCUAAGUGGGGUUAGGUCAAUUGGCCACUUUCAAAUUGCCCGUAGGUGUGAAUGUGAGUGUGGAUGGUUGUUCGUCUCUGUCAGCCCUGCGAUGAACUGGCGACUUGUCCAGGGUGUCCCCUGCCUUGGCCCGAAGAUGCUGGGAUAGGCUCCAGACCCCCAGUGGGGAUAAGCGGUAGAAAAUGGAUGGAUGGAAAAUUCUGUAUUACUUGUAUUUUGAUUUGUCUGUUUGUUUGUGAUACUGUCUUGUCUUAAAAGUUUUUUUUUAAUUUUCAUGGAUGAUUAAUUUAGAUUAUAAGGUCAAUUGCUAGUCUAUGAAAUCAUUUUUAUUUCUGACUAUUAGGAGCAAAUCAAUCUUGUGCCUGUUGCCACUGACUUGUAUGAUGUGUGUUGUCCAGCUGGCCCAGCCCUGCAGUGGUGAAACCACGUCUCAGGAUGCAGCAUCAGACUCCCGGCUCCCCAGUCAGCGGCCUGAUGUCUCCCACCGGCCGCUUCAGCCCUGCCCGGCACACCGCCUCACCAGAUUUCAGCCCCAGCCGUUACAGCCCUGCCAAUGCUAGCUACAUUCAGCGCAUCCGCCUCAAGCACUUGAACGAACCACCGGUCUAACUGCCCACUCCUGCCCACCCCCUCGCCUCCCACCAAUAUGGCCAUACCCUCUCCUUCCUCACCCUCCCCUUUUUCCACCACAAACCCAGCUGCACCCAGGUGUCUACACCAGAGCUCAGAAACCACAUACCUAACAGAAAUAUGCACAAGUGUCUGGAAGAUUUGUAUUCAUGUAUGGUACUACUCCUCUGUAAUACAGGAAUCCUCAUCACGUUGGGUUGUGAUGUACACUCAAGACUUUUCAAAAGGAAAAAAAGUAAACCUUGGUAAUUUAUGUACUGUAUGGGUGUGGACCAUGUUGAAUUGACGGUAAUGUUAUUUGUGGCCAGUGUGAAGCACCUGUAUCAUAGCCUGAGUCAACUUUUUUGAAUAUUGUGAAAAACAAGCCGCACUCCCCAAAGUUAGCUCAUCACGAAAAGCUCAGUGUGGAAACCUCAAAAGGAUUCUGUCACUAAAGAUGUUCUUAAAAAAAAAAAAAAGAAAAGUGAAAUGUCAAUAUUUUAAAAGUUAUUUUUUUGUAUGUUGGUCAGUAGCACAAAAAAAGUAAAUGUUUUUAUUAAUGGUGUUAAAAACCGACUGCCAUUUCCUAUGUUUUCCUCAGUUUAGGAAUUGCCUUAAUUUUCUGAAGCGAUGGACCAGUUCUCUAUCAGUGUUGGACACACUCUCUCUAGCUCAAACACAAACUAUCUGGAAAUGUCGACCUCACUGGCUGAGUCGCUCACAGAGGAUUAUGGCAAACAUGGUUGAGAUGGAUUCGACUGAGAGCUUCCAUGAUUUUAUUUUCAUCUUGAAUAAAUGCGUUCAUACAUUUAUCGUCUUUACUCAGUGGUUCCUGGACAUGUCUGUACUUUUCUUUUUCUGCCUCUACUGGCGGCCUUAGACUGUGCAAUUUCUGAUUUCUUUUUCGAAUAUCUUGCAUUCACACGCAUUUACCGGAGUUUGAGUGUGAAUGAUGAAACGCCCGUCAGUUAAGUCCAACUUGAAGUUUACCUUCCCAGACCUAAACCUCUUCAGCUCCCACUGAAGUGAAUCACCGGGGGGCUAAAACUAAGCAGAAUAUUAGUGUAACUUUUAGAUUAUCGCGGCCAUCACGUUAACAAAAUUGCCUUACACUUUUCUGAGAAUUAGCUAAGACUCACAGUCGGGUAUCGAUUCUUAGUUGAACAGCUCUUCUGACUUUUUUCACUUUACAAUAGUAGUCUGAGUGUCGAUCUCCGAACUAAUGCUUAAUAAAGCUUUAAUGCUCUAGGCGUUAGUACCUUCAAAGGUGGUUCAAAUCGUCAAACAGCAAACUCGUGUUCACCCGGUAGGAUCUUGCAGUUUCCCUGACAUGACAGUGGAACGUGAAUGUUUAAAAAAAAAAAGAAAAUCUGUUGUAUCAAAUAAUUUGUACUUUUGGGAUGGAUUCACUGCUGUAAGAGGGCUUUUCAGCUGUGUAAAGGACAAAGCCAAUCAUUUGAAAUAUUCAGAUUGCCACUGUAGUCGGUGUGAGAGAAACACGUGUUCUGAAUGUACAUUUUUUUUUGUGUGUGAACUGAACCUUUAUCCGAGAGCACAAGCUACUUCACUGAGAAGAUUGUAUCGUCAUCCGUGUGCUCUCAGGUGACAACAGAACAGACUUAAUUCUGGUCUCUGAAUGUUUAUGAAUGUGGAACUUUGCAAAAAUGCACCUAAAAAACUUAAAACAUGCUUCUUGUGCUUUUAGCAUUCUGUGCUUUCUUAAAAAAUUAACUUUCAUGGUGAAUUCUCUUUUAAGUAUGUCUAGACCUCAUUUGCUUUCAAACUAAUCAAUAAAACAUCACUCCUACUUUCCUGC